GAGGAAGACGUUCAGACACCGAGGAAGACCUCAGACCUGUUAGAUUCGCUCCUGAAGUUUCUGGAGGUCUGGACGUUAUAGCUAUCACUGGAGCUGAAUGAGGAAGACGCUCGUGAAGCGGCUCGCGAAUGCUAGACGCGCAGAUUAAUGCAUCUGUAAGAGAAGCACGCGCUGUGUCCCGACGCAUCUGUGAGGGAGAUGGACUUCACAGCAGACGAGGAGCUGCAGGAGCUGUGUCCGGUGUGUGGAGAUAAAGUGUCCGGAUAUCAUUACGGCCUUCUUACCUGCGAAAGCUGUAAGGGUUUUUUCAAGAGGACGGUUCAGAAUAACAAGAGAUACACGUGCACACAGAACCAGGACUGUGGCAUCGACAAAACCCAGAGGAAGAGAUGCCCCUUCUGUCGCUUCCAGAAGUGCCUCAGCGUCGGCAUGAGACUCGAGGCUGUCCGUACAGACCGAAUGAGAGGAGGAAGGAACAAGUUCGGUCCCAUGUACAAGCGGGACCGUGCCCUGAAACAGCAGAAGAGAGCUUUAAUUCGAGCCAGCGGUUUUAAAAUAGAGGCCAACCCGUCUCUCCUGUCCAGCUCUCAGACAGAAUACCAGCUUCCCGGAUCGCUCUCAGGACUCCAUCCCACUUCUCUGUCCUCUCUGGAGUACGACUGCCCUCCUCUCUGCCCCCCGGCCCUGGGUGUAGCGCUGCAGAGCUAUGGUUCAUUCCCGGCUCAGUACCACUACACUGCUCCCUCCUUACCCAGCAGAUCGAUUAAAGCUGAAUAUCCAGACGCGUACUCCAGCUCACCAGACUCCUCGCUGGGGUACCCGUACCCUGACGGCUGCAUGCCUGCGUCCCCGCACACCAGCCCCAUGAACCCUGGCUUGCCCCCGCUGGUGCUCGAGCUGGUCAGCUGUGAUCCAGAUGAAGAGCAGGUGAGAGGAAAGAUCUGUGCAUACCUGCACCAGGAGCAAAGCGGCAAGGGGAAGCUGGACAAACCACGGCCGUCCAGCCUGUUGUGUGUCAUGGCAGACCAGACAUUGUUCUCAAUAGUCGAGUGGGCAAGAAGCUGUGUCUUCUUCAAGGAACUAAAGGUAGGAGAUCAGAUGCGACUGCUGCAUAACUGCUGGAGUGAGCUGCUGCUUCUCGAUCAUAUCUGCAGACAGGUGCAUCAUGGGAGAGACAACAGUCUGCUACUCAUUACAGGACAGGAGGUGGAUCUGUCGGCGGUGUCUGACGCGGGACCUCCUCUGGUCAGUAUGGUGCAGAGAGGACAGGAGCUGGCCAGGAGACUGCAGCUGCUGCAGGUGGACAGAAGAGAGAUGGCCUGUCUGAAGUUCCUCAUCCUCUUCAACCCCAAUGUGAAGCUCCUGGAGAACCAGCAGUAUGUGGAGAGCCUUCAGGAGCAGGUGAACAGCGCUCUGCUCGAGUACACGCUCUACUCUUACCCUCAGUGUCUGGACCGCUUCAGUCAGCUCAUACUGCGGCUGGCUGAGGUCCGGUCGCUCAGUGUGCAGGCCGAGGACUUCCUGUGCUACAAGCACCUGUGCGGAGAAGUGCCGUGCAACAAUCUGCUCAUAGAAAUGCUUCACGCCAAGAGGUCCACCGCCGUGUGAAAGUGACACUGCUUUGAGAGUUUAAGCCAU